UUGUGGACGGCCACCAAGCGUCUUCUGCCCCACGGCUGCGCGCGCAUCUAGUUUUGUUGGUAAACGGGAAACCCGUGGGGUUUGGGUGACGUCGCACUCGCAGUCGCUGCCUAGCAACCGGGACAGUUGGAAAACAGAGAAGACAUGAAGCUACACGGUUUUGACAGUGGGAUGAAAAAGUUACUAAAAAGGCUACAAGCUGUCAUAACAGUUCAGUCUACUGUAGUAAAGUUAGGUCGUACAGUCACUGAGGUCGAUAGUCACGUAUUAUUUUCAGUAUGAGUCUGUUGAGUCGACAUUGCGGAGGUUAGCAGUAGUAGCUGGAUGUGGCAGUUGUUUGAGGGAAGACGUUAACGUUAGUCAUUUGGUGACUGAAGCGGUAAGUGCUAGUGCUAACUAGAUCAGCAAGAGAGUAUUAACACAUUCCGGUACAAACGUCUUGGGAGCUGUUUACUGUUGAUCGGGAAGGACAGAGAAGAGGGAGUGUCUGCCAUAGUGAGACUAAGUUAACGUUAACGUUACAACUUGGUGGACGUUGGAAAAGCCUCGAGUGGAAACCGUUAGCCUGGAAGCUCAUCGCACGCGCAGCCAACCUUCCCAACUCCACAGCGAUUGUCAGGGCAACGGUCGCCUCGCGUCUUCCCUGCCCACCAGUGACCAGUCUCCGCUGCUGGCCCUGCUAAGUGUGUGUUGUGUUUGUGUGUCGCCUAAAAGGUACUGUAGCUUACGGUUUGUUUUACACAUGAUUAGCGACCUAGUGGAACAGACUAUACCUACCAAGUAGACUAGUUAACACGGAGGAUUUUUCUUGAAAGACACUCGUUUGAACGGCCAUCACGAUCGGAAAGUCUGUUUGUCUCCAUGGACUGAACUAAUACAUUGAUGGACUUUUGUCACAGCAAAGGACUCAGCAAGUGUGGUGUGUCAGAUGAAGGUUAUGUUUGUCUGGCUCUGGCUCUAAUGAUAAACCCCUCCUGUGUGAAGGAGCUGUACGUGAACAACAAUCAUUCUGGAGGAUCAGCACAGAAGCUGUUAUCUGCUACACUGAAGGAUCCUCACCGCAAAGUUGAAACACUUCAAUUUGCUGACUGUAAACUCACAGAUAAAUCCUGUGAGAUUGUUGCUUCAGUUCUACAAUCAGCAAACUCCCUACUACAGCUGGACUUGAGUGACAAUGACCUGGGGGAUUCUGGAGUUCAGCUUCUCUCAAAAGGACUGUCCAGUUUUAACUGCAAAAUACACACAUUAAGGCUCUCUGAUUGUCUCAUCUCAGAGAAGGGUUGUGGUUUUCUUGCUUCAGCUCUGUCUUCAAACCCCUCCCAUUUAAAACUGCUUGAUCUCAGCUACAAUUAUCCUGGAGAAUCAGGACUGAAGUUGUUAUCUGCUAGACUGGAGGAUCCUGUCUGUAAACUGGAGAUACUGAAGUAUGUUCAGAAAGAACCCCCAUUGUUGCACAUUUAAACAUUCAGCACGUUUUCAUGCCAGGAAUAAACCGUUUUGAAUCAGUCUAUUGCCCAAAUUCUGUUUAUGUCAAUAUUCCGUUUAACCUGUUUACAAGCAAGUAGAAUGUCACAUUUUGAGCAUAUUGCUGAUUACAUAGCAAUCGACAUUAUUCCAAAUAAGUCAGUGACGCA